CCACGAUCCGGAAGUGCGUUGUGAAGACCUACGUCACUACCGCGAUAGGGAUUAUUUUAUUUUCAUUUGUGGUCCAUUGUUUCACGAGUUUUAACUAUCAAAAGUUUGCAUCCACGAACUAUUUUGAAAAAGAACGAUAUUCACCGAACUGGUUUCUGAAGGUAGCAAAAAUGUCUGCAGAUAUGGAUCUCUCUCCACCAGAAGUUCCCGAGCCAACUUUUCUCGAGGGCCUCCUGCGCUAUGGCCUCUUCCUUGGUGCCAUUUUCCAGCUCAUUUGCAUCCUGGCAAUCAUUGUGCCCACCUCCAAAGGGCACGAGAAGGAGGAGACCGAGUCGACCAACGGGAAGGCGGCGGAUAACCCCAAGAAACCCAAAGGAGUGGCGCCCCAAAUUAGACCGAAAUCCAAGAAGGAAAGCAAAAAGAAGCGAUAGCUGUCCGUCCUCACGCAAUUGCGUACAUUUUAGUCUGUAUUGAUUUUCAAAGCCACUACAAGUACACGAAAGACUGCAUUUACUCAUAUUGACUGAUGUUGUAUUUUGUCUUUGUAUAUACAACCACAGUUGGUUUUUUUUUGGAAUUGAUGUUCAUUUUUUUUCACUAAACGUAGCAAUUAAACAUGUCGCGUGUCAUUCA